AGGGAAACAAAGAAGAAGAAAAACAUUUGAGUUGGUAAACGCAAGAAAAUUCCGGUCCGAAAGACCAACUGAAGUUACGCAAAUCAACCACAGCCACUUACUCUCCCACUCCAUGCAAAAACCCUAAUUUCCGCAUUGCCUCUGUUCUCUUCUCUCUCGACAGUCCCUCCACCACGACACAUUUCCUUCUCACCGUUAUUCCGAUGGAGGGGCCACCGCUACCUCCGACCUCCACCUCCACCGGCAAUGACAAUGAAAACAAGACCGGUAAUGCUUCUUCUACGUGGCAUCGUCCCACCACCAGCCUCCCCCAACUUCCUUCAUCUGGCUCCCAAGUUUCUUCACCUCCACAACAUUUACGUAAUCAUUCUUUGAAUCUCUCCCCACACUUAUCAUCUUCUACUCCUCCUCCUCCUCCUGAUCCAAUCCCAGCGAUCGAGACCUACGUAGUGCAGGUUCCGAGGGAUCAGGUCUAUUGGACCCCUCCCCCGGAUAAUGCAAGGAUCGUCGAAAGACGCAGGAAUAGCGAGCUGGGGAGAAAUAAUAAAAGCUUUUGUUCUAAAAGAUGCAUAUGGUUAUUCAUCUCUGUGAUCGUCAUCGGAUUCAUCAUCUGCGCCAUCGCACUAAUCGUCGGUUUUGUAUUCAAGCCCGAACCUCCGGUUUUCAACGUUAAGAAAUUCGAGAAAUCUCGUCAUUUCGAGAUCAUGUUGACAUCCAAGAACCCAACCUCCACCAUGUGGGUGACCUACAAAGGUCUAGUCUCUCUGAUGUACAAAAACAAGAACCUAGGCCAAGGGAAUUUCCCGGAGCUGUCACUAGCCGUGUCCGGAUCCCAUACGGUUAACCUAAAGCUAGAAGGGUCCAAGAAUGCGGCUCUGCUGCCGCCUGAAGUGGUUAGUUUGGUAUUGACGAUGGGGCUCAAUGCGGGAUUCGGCACGGGAUUGGUGAAACGGGACAAGGAAGUGGCAGUGACAUGUGAUAUUAAAGUAAAAGGAUUAUUAGAUGCGCAGAAGGUUGAGAUUGUGUCGGAGAGUUGUGAGAGUGAGUUCAUUAAAUAAAACAAAUUCACACUCAAAAUAUUAUAUUUGGUCUUUUAGAGGUUAAUUAGCGAGCUUUAUUACUACUUCUCAUGUAAGGGGUUUUCCUCCGAAUGUCAUAUGCUUUUUUUUCUUUUGUUUUGACUUUUACAUGUUAAUGUGUGAUACAUCUGUUUUU